AUGGCGAACGUACGAUGGCUUCCAAGCAGUCGGUUGGCACUGAUCCUUGCUUUCGUCCUGUCAUGCGUGUUGGUUCUCCCGGUACCUACCUACGCGUUCGCAAGCAGCGUGUUCAAGGCACUAGCGAUAGGAGCUAACACGCAGUCCGUGACAUCCAGCACACUUUCGUGGGAGAAGUUCAGCGGAGCCGAGGCGCACCUGCGAUUCGCCGUGCGGACAUUCGAGCUUGAACCACACUCCCAGGAGAACUCUGAACAUGAACAAAUGCAUCCGACGAGCUACGUGUGCCGGGUGGAAAUCGAAGGCAUCUACACUGCCGGCCAGACGUUGACGGAGGAAUCAGGCACGAUCUGCAUCGUAGCGGCUCAGCUGUCCGAGGUGGAGCGUCACCACUCGUUCGAGGUCCUGAUCAACAUGGGCGGUGGUGGAAAGCUGAAAUGGCAAUCGUGGAACCGGUACCACGCGGGAAUCUUCGGUGGAGCUGUUAGUGCCGGCAUGGGCAAGCUCAGUGACUACUACAUCGCACGUAUCCGAUCCGGUCACAGCGAAGGACAUUCCGUGGAGGCGCACCAACAUCGUCAUGGUGCGUAUGUGGUGGGAAAUUUCGACCCGAAUGUGAAACUCAUCGGGCGCAUCUAUGCCCCAUUGCCCGGCUCUACGUCGAGUACGGAACACGAACAUGGUGAAAUUUUGGUUGAAAUUGAACCGGUCAAGUACGAGCUCCGUUCAAUCAAGCUGAAUAAACUUCGCACGAUCAUCAAAAAGAACACGACCGUUCUGGGCUCAACUAUACUCUCGAACACCGACGACAGGACGAGCCUGGCCGAAACGGUCAUCACGUACGACUACAUGAAGGAAAUCUACUGGGGCAAGCAGGAAGGGGUCGUGCAAGGACUUUUCACGAAGGUCUACGAUUCUAGGACGCCUCAGGCAACCAACGUGACAUGGGGCGUCAAGAGUUCUGCGCGUCAUGUCGAGACGAAAUCGGUUAACACCAUGCUAGAACCGGGUACCGCCAUCAACGUAACGUUGUUCGGAAACUACACCGAGAUGGAGGCGCCCUAUACCGCCAUGCUGAAGGCGUACUACGAUGACAACAGUGACCCCGUGAGCAGACGGUUGAGUGCGAUCAUGGUCAGCCGCGACAUGGAAGACGUGAAAAUGGAGUACAGCCCGGUCUACUGGAUCGAGAACGGCACUCUGGUUCCAACAACCACGACGACCACCACGACGACUACCACGACAACCACUACGACAACGACUACGACGUCAACCACAGAACCAUCGACCAGCUUGCGUCCGGUUCCGAUCAAUAGCACCCCGGUCGAGGGUGGCACCAUGAUCGACGAGGACGGCAUGAGUAACGAGAUCGGACACGCACCGUCCACCAGCCGGGACCUGGACGUCAGCCGGAGCAACGAGAAGCUCGAGGGUUCCCUCGACAACAUGUCCAGCCGCAGUCGCAGCCGGGGUUCAAACGCGGCCACCAGCUUAUCGGCCAGCAUAGGUUUGCUGGCGGUGUUCGUCCCGUCGGUUGCGAUCCUGGUUCGCCAAAACUAAGCGCAGAACGGAGGACCUGUUAUGCGCCUCCACACAGGAACAAUACCAGCAUUCAUUGCUUUUCUAUUUCAUUGUCUAUUACGUCGAAGUUCUGUGAAAGGACCCCUUUUUAGUCGAGCUUUUCGCUCCUGACGGACCGGAACGAGCAUCGCUGCUUCUCCGUUUCGACGAUGAUCCCCCACGAUACAAACGGAUUUGUUUUUAGUCAUGUAAGAAGGCAUUACUGUUAAGGCUUGUAUUAGAUGACGCGCCAACCGCUUUGCGAACAGCUUCUCGUCAUCACAUCAACAGUUGAGGUUGAACGUUUUCCGACACCGCACCUCGGGAAACGCGGCCCUGAAAUUCGUUUCAUACGCGUGUAAGGCCAGCGAGAUAAGGAGCACUAUAAGCUCGCGUAGUCGUGCCGGAUUCAGCGGCCAUGGCUGGAGAAAAAUUGAUGUAAAAUUUAGUGGUUAAAUAAUUUACGUCUUUCUGUAAAUAGCAAAAAAAGCAUCCCUUUUCGAAAAGAUGGGUGGAGCAUUUCGAAGGGCGCUUCGCCUUUCGCGUGAGAUACGGCCCAAAUUUAAGAUGCACUUCUUCCUGCUUCGGUGGACGAAUAGUUCCAUGUUUUUUUUUCAAUCCUCUUCCCACAAAGAAAAACGCAACCAGCUCUAGCUAAGAGAAAAUUCUUCGAAUCAUACAGCAAGCGUGGUAAUGCGUAAAAGCGCUGAACAAUAAUGACACAUUCCGUUCGAUGAUGUUCCCCAUGGAAAGAGCAACGAGUGAAGCAAACGAAUAGUCAAGGAAGGUAGACAGGAAGGAAGCAGGACAUACAUAAGAAUGCAUUAACCGCGGAAGUUGUGAGUGAAAUAAAAGGAAGAAAAGGACAAUUGUAAUUCUAAAUGUAUACAAGCAUAAACUUUAAUCUGUACGUAUGGUAAGAUAAAACAAAAAAACACGAACACACAACAGAACAAAGAUUUUAUGUUUUUUUGUUUAAUAUUAUCUUUUAUCUCCACCCAAAAGAAAAAAAAUAAUAAGUACAAUUAGAAGGUUGCGUUGAUUUGAACUAAAGCUAGAUGAUGAAAUCGCCUCUUCUAUAGCAUUUCAAUUUACGUCAUUAUUCCAUUUGAAAUUGCAUCUGAUGAAAUAGCUUAGUUCGAUUAUGGUUUAUUUAUUAUUACUAGGCGAUAGCAGCUUUCUU